UACCCGCUCGCUCGUCGAAAUUUGAAAUCCUCUCUCUCUCUCUCUCUCUCUGCGUCAUCUUCUCGGUCCACGUGCAUCUCCUCCGGCAACCUCGUUCAUCUUCACGACCCUGGUCACCUCGUCUUCUCCAGAUUGUCCUCUCUCUCUCUCUCUCUCUGUGGACCAAGAAAACCAUCUCAAUGGGUAGCUGUUUCAGCAAGAAAAGCUCUUCCCCGGCCGCCCACGGCGUCUCUCCGGCCGCGAAGCCGCCGCCGCCCGAUUCGCACCCUCCUCGCGAGAUUGACGUCGUCGCGAAGAAGGCGGAGUGCAGGCCCGGCGGCAGGGCGUCGCCGCGGGAUCACCAGGAGAAGGAAGCCGGGCAGGAGGGCUUCGUCAAGAAGGAGGUCUUCGUCAUCAAGCACCGGAAGAGCCACGACAGACGCGCUGCUUCUUCUCCUGAAGAGAAGCCGGUGGUCGACGGCGCGGCUCCGGCUGCGGAUGCUGGCAAAUCCGGCGAAGAUGCGGCUAAGGCGGCCGGUCCCCUGGCCGAUUUGAGUAAUGGCGGGGAGAGCUUGGCUGUGAAUGGGGCGAGCGCAGUCGGCGUGAGCGCCGGCGUGAGGACGUCGAACUGCACCAAGGAAGAGGUCGAUGCCAUUCUCAUCCAGUGCGGCCGGCUUAGCCGCAGCUCCUCCGCGAGAACCGGCGCUGCUUCUGGUGGCAGGGUCUAUUCGGGAUCGAAGAGGAGCUAUGAUUUCGAUAAUCAAAACGAUGCCGUCGCCCGGGCUGUCGAUGCUGCGGGAAGCGAGCAACCCGAGAUGAAUGAGGAUGAGCUGGCGGAGAAACGCCAGCACCGGCAGCGCCACCGCCAAUCGACGCCUUUCCGGUCCCACAGCCAGGGGAGUGGGGCGAGGAGGAGGACCCCGAGCAGGGAAAGAGAGCAGCGCUCCUCAAGCAGAGAAAGGAGGGUGAGCCGCUCGCCCGCUAGACGUUCCGAGAAUGCCACUCUCUCGAAUUCGAACGCGAGUGCCGCUGCCGGGGGCUCUGGCAACAGCAAUAGGCCCGGGAAGAUGGUGUCGGUCCCUGCUUCUUUGGUGGACAAGAGCAACUGUGCUGGCGAUCCUCAUGAAUCUCAAGCCACCAUCAAGAGAAUAUCCGUGAAGAGGAACGUAGGGGAAGCGCACACGGUGUCGAGAAGCGCUGCAUCGCCUCGUUCCCAGUCGCCUGCCAGGCAAACGUCUGGCAGUGUCGGAAGGCAUCAGAACAGUGAGAACCAGCAACCUUCCCUCAGUCGCAACCCAUCCAGGAAGGCGGAACAAUCGCCGUGCAGGAGAAACCCGCUCGGCGAGAUCGAUACCAAUGCCCGUCAACAGCAACCUCAGCCGCUAACCAACAAGAGCACGCAUAAAGCUACGGAAGACGGCACGGUAAAGGAAGUCGAGGCUCGAAUGACGAAACCGACCGUGGAUAGUAACAACAGCAGAUACGCUCACGGGACUUGUGACAGAACUGGGGGUAAAGUGACAGAGGACAACAAGGCUCGAGGUUGUGAUUCUGCAGAAAAGGAGCAACAAGCUGUCAUGGAAGUGCUGAAGAGGCAAGCAGCACCAAUGUCCGGGAUGGAAAGCCAGAAACCCCAGGCACUGGCACGAAGCCGGUCCUCGAGGCUGUCCGAGCUCGAACUGAAUCCUCAGAUUGUGCCUGAACCCACGUCCUAUACGAAUUUGCUGCUCGAAGACAUCCAGAAUUUUCACCAGAAGCACACUACCACUUUCACGGUCCCGGCUUGUGUCACAAAGGCCUGCUCGAUCUACGAAGCAGUCGCCGACCUCAACUCCAACAAGAACUCCAAUGUAGCCAGCGCCUUGUCCGAAUUAAGAAAAGCCGCGUCCAAUCAAUGCAGCCACAACGGCUACAAUCCCUCCUACUCAGGUAACGAUCUCGUCAGGAAAUCAGAGGGCAGGGACCCAUUUGUGGAAUCGGAGUUAGUAGUCGACGAUGAUAUAAUGGAGCCGAGCAUUCACAAGUAUGUGACGGUGAAGAGGGGUGGCAUGCCGAAAGGAGAUGAUAAGGAGGAGAUAGAAUCCUCAGGGAGCAACAGCUUCGUCAGUUCUGGAACACAGCAAUGGGGAGUGUCUUCCUCGUGGGAGCCCGGUUCGACCGAUUCAUCCGACUGCUGGACUUCCAAUUCCAAAGCUGCCGUGGACGACUUCAGUCCGUUGGCCUUCCAGAGGAUUGCUGUGUCUGAAUCAGGUCGCCAAGUGAGCGAGUCCAGAAGGGAAUUGAAUGUUAAGAGGAGGGACUUCGGUGUUCGACAAAAUGGGAUCGGGAGAAGCAGGACAUAGUCCCCAGUCAGUAAUCUUUAUCUUAUGGCAGUUAUCAGCAACUACUGUGCCAGUCAAGCGUCGACAAGAAGCAGAGACGGAUUUGCUUCUAUUUUAAGGGUUCAGUGUACGUUUCACGGCAGUUGCAGACUUGCAACAUUCGGUCUUUCCUUAGGACAUAUUGCAGCUUUCAUUAUUUUCGCACCAUAGAUUGUGCAUAAGUUACUCAUUUAUGUGCUAUCUUUCAAGAGAACUUGCCAUGUGGUUGAUUUUUCAUGUCAGUUACUGUUAUGCAGAGUUUUCCAAGUUUGUGAGGAUUUUAUCCCAUCUAAAUUGGUCCAUGA